CAACUUUUAGGCCGCGUCCGGAUUUCACUCUGCGGGUUCGGGUUUGUUGUCGAACUGGUCUGAGGCGGACAUGACGCAACCAGUUUCGGUUUCGUCCCAUUUUCAAGUGCGAAGUGUCAGAAGUGGAGUCAUGAAAUAAGGAGAAGUAAAGUUUCCAAUGGAUUUUCCAGUUGAGGCCACUGUUAAUCUGACCCAUUUCCAGAAUGAGAGGAAGGUUCGGAGACUCCUCCAAUCACAUCAUUUUAAGUUGACGGAACUGGACCGAGGUCAGGUUCUUGUUGAGGGGUCUUUUCAGAGGCUCAAAGAUGUAAAGGUCCGUUUGCAGGAGCUCCUGGAGACGACUCCGGACUCUUCCUCGGAUCCAACAGUUUCCUCUGGAGCAAUUUUAAAUUACUACAGUAGAAAUAAUAAUGGUGAAGGCACAGGAAGACCUCCAGAUUCAUCACCCUUUUCAGGCUCAUUAAGAAGACCUUCAGAUGAUCAGACUGCAGGUGAGCCGAUUGUGAUAGAUUCUGAUGUUUAUAGAUACGCCUGGCGCUUCAGGAAACCGGAGCUUGACAACCUUCUGACCAGGCAAGAUGUGCAACCUCAUGUGAAGGAAGUGAAAGAAAGCACCAUCAUCACUUUUCAGGGUCGAAGCUCCGGGAUGGUGCUUAGUAAACUCCAGACCCUCCUGGUUGAUCUGAGCAAAUCCCUGCGGACUCAGGAAGUCCUUAAGAGGGACCUCAGCUCUGAAGGAGAAGCACUUUUAAGGAAAAUCCAGAAACAACAUUACACUUUGGCUUCAGUUCUGGUCCGUGACGUGCCCGACAGACUCUACCUCAUCGGCCCAUCUAGAGAGAGCUAUGAUCUGAAGCAGAGCCUUCAGGGGGAACCGAUCGACCAAUCCGGUGGCAGAGGAAGGACCACGGCUCCAACCACCAGAUGCAGGAGCAGCUCGAUGCCAAGGAUGAAUCAGAGGAGUUCUGCGGAAAGAAAAGGCAAAGCAGCUGCAGGUUUUUCCUCAUCAAAGAAUGAUGGACAUGAAGCAGCAGCUGCUGGUCGGAGCAGACCUCCAAGAGGACGAAGCCAGUCCGAAUCCUGUGAAAGACAACGAGAAGAAAGGCAUAAAAACCAAGUUCUGACUGCAUCUGUAGAGCCCUGUAACCGUGGUGGUGUCUUUAGUUCUUUAACUAAACCUUUGCGUCGGUUUAAAAGGAACAACAAAAGAAAUAAAAAAUAAAAAAUCACUAAUUUCUAUUAACUGAAUCCUACUGUUAAUCUCAAGGAGCAUUUUAGGAUAAAUUAUCAUCUUAAAAUCCAAACGUUUGCUGCAAUAAGACACUAAAGGAAUGUAGACAAAGUAAAAUCAGUUUAAAGUCUGCAAGAAUCAACGUUUGAUAACUUUAUAAAAUGAUUUGAAAUGAUUUCUGAUUGCAUUGACUGAACCUUGUGAUGCAUGAAAACUGGAAGCUAUGGGAACUCACAGCUGGAAGGCUUAUAAAAUAUAACAAAUAUAACAACAGCUUGAUUUUAAUGAAGGUAUUUUUACGUAUGAGUUCUGAAGAUCAUUUCUGUGCUUUUCUAACAGAAUAUCUGCACCUUCAUUGUUAAACUGAGAAACAGACGCUUAGAAACACUAUGGCUGUAAAACAUUAAUGGAAAAGAGUCAAUGUGAACGUUUAAUAGGUGUUUGGGUGUUAAUUAAAUGCAGUGAUUGCCUCUGAUGUGGUUGAUGUUGCUGUAACACCUGAGAGUAGCUUCGUGACGUAGACUGAGGCCGAUGAGGGGAAGCGGGAAGAGGAAGUUUGAAUGGCUGAUGAGGAUCUGAAAGGCAGCUGAGGUUACACAACUGUCGCUUGUCUGGUUCCUGAGGAGUGGUUUGAAACGUCGGGAAGAAGAUGAACGCUCUGCAGUCGUUCAGGAGGGGAUGGCGGAGCUGGAGGGGCUGGAGUUUGGAAAGUCAGACUUCGUGCUGCUGGAUGAGGUUAUGAUGGAGCAGUUCAUGGAGAACCUGAAGCUGAGAUUUGAGAAAGGCCGGAUCUACACCUACAUCGGGGAAGUGGUUGUGUCUGUUAAUCCGUACAGAGAGAUGGACAUUUACGGCAAAGACACCAUCGACGCGUACCGGGGCCGAGAGCUGUAUGAAAACCCUCCUCAUCUGUACGCAGUGUCCGAUGCUGCUUACAAGGCCAUGAAGAGACGAGCCAAAGACACCUGCAUCGUCAUCUCAGGUGAGAGUGGUGCAGGAAAAACAGAAGCCAGUAAAUACAUCAUGCAGUACAUUGCAGCCAUCACAAACCCCAGCCAGAGGGCCGAGGUGGAGAGUGUGAAGAAUGUGCUGCUCAAGUCCAACUGUGUGCUGGAAGCCUUCGGGAACGCCAAGACAAAUCGCAACGACAACUCGAGCCGCUUCGGAAAAUACAUGGACAUCAACUUUAACUUCAACGGAGAUCCCACCGGAGGACACAUUAACAACUACCUGCUGGAGAAGUCCAGGGUGGUCCAGCAGCACAAGGGGGAGAGGAACUUCCACUCUUUUUACCAGCUGCUGCGUGGAGGUUCUGAUGAGAUCCUGAAGUCAUUCCACCUGGAGAAUGAGCCAGGUCUUUACACUUACACCAGAGAGGGUGCUGCAGCUGCUACUUCCAACAACGAUCGGUCGAACCACAAAGCGGUGAUGAGUGCCCUCGAAGUGAUCGGCUUCUCAAAAGAAGAGAUUAGCUCAAUUUACCAGAUCCUCGCUGCCAUCUUACUUUUGGGUAACGUGGAGUUUGAGAGCGAAGGCGAGAGCGUUCAGAUCCUGGGACAGGACAUAGUGAACCACAUCUCCGAGCUGACGGCCACAGAUCCGGGCUGCGUCACCAAGGGCCUGCUUUACCGGACCGUAGCAACCGGUGGCGGAGAGGUCAUUGAGAAAGGACACACGGAGAAGGACGCCUGCUUCGGACGGGACGCCUUUGCCAAGGCCCUGUAUGAGAGGCUGUUUGGGUGGAUCGUGAGCCGCAUCAAUGGCAUCAUUGAGGUGAAAAACUACAACCCAGUGCUGCAUGGGAAAAACACAGUCAUAGGUGUGCUGGACAUCUAUGGCUUUGAGAUCUUUGACAACAACAGUUUCGAACAGUUCUGCAUUAACUACUGCAACGAGAAGCUGCAGCAGCUUUUCAUCGAGCUGAUCCUCCAGCAGGAGCAGGAAGAAUACCAGAGGGAAGGAAUCACCUGGCAGCAUAUUGAUUACUUUAACAACCAGAUCAUCGUUGACCUCGUGGAGCAGCAGCACAAAGGAAUCAUCUCCAUUCUGGAUGAGGCUUGUCUCAGUGUUGGAAAAGUGACUGACACUGUCUGUCUGGACAGCAUGGACACCAAGCUGGCUCAGCAUCCUCACUACACCUCCCGCAAGCACAGUCCCACUGAUAAAACCAUGGACUUCCAGAAACAUUUCCGCAUCCGCCACUAUGCUGGAGACGUCACAUAUUCUGUUGAGGGUUUUCUGGACAAAAACAAGGACCUCCUCUUCCAAGAUUUCAAGCGCCUCAUGUACAACAGUUCCAAUCCAGUCCUGAAGGAAAUGUGGCCAGAUGGUCAGCUGAGCAUCACAGAGGUCACCAAGAGACCGCAGACUGCAGCAACCCUAUUCAAGAACUCCAUAGUGGCUUUGGUUGAUAAAUUAGCCUGCAAGGAGCCGUACUAUGUGCGAUGCAUAAAACCCAACGAGAUGAAGUCUCCGGUGUUGUUUGACGAUGCCCGCUGUCAGCACCAGGUGGCCUACCUCGGUCUGCUGGAGAACGUGAUGGUUCGCAGGGCUGGCUUCGCCUACAGGCAGCAGUAUGCUCGCUUCCUGCAGCGGUAUAAAAUGACCUGCGAGUACACCUGGCCGAACCACCUGAUGACCUCGGACCGGGAUGCCGUGGAGGCCAUCAUCACGCAGCACGGUUUCCAGGGCGACGUGGCGUACGGUCACACGAAGCUGUUUGUUAGAACACCGCGGACUCUCUUCACCCUGGAGCAGGAGAGAGCCACCCUCAUCCCCAUCCUGGUGCUCUUCCUGCAGAAGGUUUGGCGAGGCGCUCUCGCCCGUCUGAGAUGCAGGCGGAUGCGAGCCAUCUACACCAUCAUGGGCUGCUACAAGCGCCACAAAGUGAAGGCCCACUUCUGGGAGGUGGGGCGGAGAUUUGCGGGCGUGCGCACGAUGCCGGACUACGGGAAGAGCGUGGAGUGGCCCGCACCACCUGCAGCUCUGGCCCAGUUUCACAGCAUCACAACCAUGCUACAUCGCAGGUGGUGGGCGAGGCAGAUUGUGAAGAACAUUCCUCCGUCUGAAAUGUUGGAGGUCCGAGCCAAGGUGGCAGCACUGACCUCACUGAGCGGAGAGAGGAAGCACUGGGGGGUCGGCCGAGCCUGGGAGAGAGACUACCUUUCAAAUGUGCGAGACAGCCCUCAGACCAGCUCUGCGUUCAUCAGAGUCUCCAAAGAGCUCAACAACAAAGACGGCUACAGUCAGGUUGUCUUCUCGGGCUUCUGUAGGAAGGUGAACAGGUUCAAUAAAAGCACCGACCGAGCCCUGCUCGUCACGGACAAGUACGUCUACAAACUGGAGCCGAAGAAGCAGUACAAGGUUCUGAAAAGACUUCCUUUGGACUCACUUACAGGACUGAGUCUGACCAGUGGGGAUGACCAGAUGGUGGCGCUCCACACGUCCUCCCAGGAUGACGUCCUACUGUGUCUACAGCAAGGCGAGCUGUGCCCCAACCAGGACCGAGUGGGAGAGCUGGUUGGAGCUCUGGUGGACCACUUUACACGCAUCAGAAGAGCUCUGCUUCCUGUGAAGGUCUGCCGCUCGACGCUGCAGCUUCACAUGCGAGGGAAACCCAAGAAUGUCUCGGUGGAAACCAAACCGGGCCAGACCGUGGCAGACUUCAAGAAGAGCCGAGACGGUUUCAUCCUGCUGGUUCCUGAAAAAUGAGAACAUUUUCAGCUUUACCUCGGAUCAAAACCAGGACUUUUAAGCCAGAACAGAACCGGGUUUAUUAUUCCUGAGCUGCACAGAGAGGAGGUUAAAGACUCUACUGCAAUACUUAGAUGUUUCAGACUGUUUCUGCUUUUUAUAGGUGAUUUUAAGAGUAGAGUCUAUAAGUAAAAUAAAUGGACCUUCAUAACAAUCUGCAUCCAAAUGUGUUUGGGUCGGAUCAAGAACACAGUCCUGGAGAAUAAAUUAUUCAAGCUUU